AGGCUUGACAUUUCUGAUGUUGCCAGAACUUUGUCGUACCACACGUGUAGCUGUACUUAAUCGGCAGACCUAGACCCUGUCACACUGAACAAGCCAAGUCAUCCGACAACCAUUUACUACCUAAGAGUUUGGGACAGCAAAAUCGUGGCAUAAUACCGCCAAAAUCAUAGCCGGCCUUAAGUGGUGCUUAUAGCUGAGAACCUUUGGGAUAAAACAGUAUGUCUUGUUAAAUGCCUUCGAUUCUGGAGAGCAAGCUAGCUAGCUAUCUAUGGGUUUCAGUUUGCAUGGAAAUCCUUCAGUAAGAGAUUAAAAUGACCUCAAACAGUAGGCCUAACUGUGCUGCUAUUCUAAAAGAUGUUGUUGCCUACGUUGACGUGUGGUCAUCAAGUAAAACAGAGAAUUACUCUAGACCAUUCAUCCAGCAGCUGCAGGAUAUGGGAGUUGAGGUGUCAAAAACCUUCAAUAAACAAGUCACCCACGUAGUCUUUAAAAAUGGCCAUCAAGCCACCUGGAAUAAAGCCAAGAAGACUGGUGUGAAACUUGUGUCUGUCCUUUGGGUGGCCAGAUGUAAAGAUGAUGGUGAACAUGUUAAUGAAGAGUUGUGUCCGGCAUUAAAUGAUGAAGUUAAUCCAGCACUCAAGAAAAGGGUGCAUCGUUGUAUGCAGCCAAGAGACACCCCUCAGAGGACCCCUGAGAAUGACAGGCGCUUGAAAAAAAAACUGGACAAGAUGAUCAAAGACCUAGUGCCAAAAUCACCUCUUAUUACAGAUGUGUCCCCUUACAUUAUCGAUGAAGAGAACGGAAUAGUUUACAGUCCUUCUAUGAAAAGGUCUGAGUCCAUGGCACAGCGCCUGAAAGAAAUGAGAGAAAAAAGGGAAAACCUCUCCCCGACAGCUUCACAGAUAAAAUCUAGGUUAUCACCUGAGCUCAAGCCUCCUCUUGGGAAUACACCAUCCCGCUCUUUUUUGCAACAACUGUAUGAAGAACCGGAUGAGGAUUUUAAUGUAUCUGUUGGCUCAAAUAAGACAGAUGGAGAGAAGCAACAUUUUGACACCAUUGAAAUACAGCACAAGAAAGACUUUCAGAAACCUUCGAUGUCACCUUGCAGUGUUGUGCCAAGACAAAAGACAAGUCCGUUACCCAAUUCACCGGCUAAAGAAAAAGCAAAUAAACAAGACAAAAAUCCUAAAAGGACCUCAAUCGAAAGUGAUGGCAUCAAGAAACACAGGUCUUUAGAGAGUCCAUGCCUGGAUGACCUCCCGGAGGGUAGCAAGAGUGUGCAAUCAGUGUUUACGUUUGACAGUGUUGUAGUGGGAAAAAAUAGACGAUCAACCAGCAGAAGUAACAUGUCAAAAGUCACACCACCUGUAAGGAAAAGCAGAACACCACAGUCUCUUCCAGAAAGUAAGCCAACUGUUAAUCUGGACAUUUCUAGUCGCCAUUCUUCUACAAUUUUACCAGACAACCCCAAUGUGCCUAAUCAAACGUCCGUAAAGAUGACCACACUGAAAUCAAAAGUGAGCCAACGGAGAAAAUCCUUGCUUCCUGCUUUGGCAAGAUCUUGCACUGUCUCAAAUGACUCUCAUGCCUCCUCCUGUGCAUAUGAUGAUGAUGAUGAUGAUGAUGGCGUAUUUGAGGACUUCUUCUCUCCAGCUAGCAACCCGCGGAGACAACAAAGUCUCCUUUUGCCCCACUUGCCCUCAGAGUCAAAUGUUCUUGUUCCCUUUGAACUGGAGCCUCAGCCUAGCCCUGGGAAGCGGAAGAGGGGCAAGAGUGAAACCACAGGGUCUGAGUCGGCCAGUGCCAAAAAGAGUAAACAUGGGGUGCCAAGUGUAAAAGAGUCCAGCAGUGUAAGCAGCAUGUUGUCUCAACACGAGCACCCACACCAGGAUACAAAAGGACUUGCAUCCUCAGAGGACAAUAAUACAAAACAAACGGUGACUAAAAGAAGUGCACAAAGCACAUUGCCAUUCUCCAGAGUGCCUAAAGACUCCACCGAUGAACUGACUUGUGCCCCUGAGAAGCAGAUCGCGUCAACAGAUCCCACACAACUUUCAAAACCAAAUUUGACAGCGGCCAAAAAAUUACUAGAUAAGCACAAGGACAAUAAAGGGAAAAGUAGCCCACGUUUGGAAAUUGUAGGCAGAGGAACUGCAUAUGCUGCAACAGCUGGUGUCACGGACACAAUCUCUGACAAUUUAAGCAAACAGAAAGGACAAGUCAAUGUGGAGAAGAGCAUGGACAAAAACUCAAAGACUCUAAGGACGUUAGUUAUGACAAGCAUGCCCACCGAAAAGCAGCACACAGUGACCCAGGUGGUCAGAGUUCUGGGUGGGUUCUCAGUGGUGGCCCAGGUGUGUGAGAGCACUACCCACGUGGUGUCAGGGGGCCACCGGCGGACCCUCAACAUUCUCCUGGGCAUUGCCCGUGGCUGUUGGAUCCUCUCUUUUGAGUGGAUUUUGUGGUGUUUGGAGCAAAGACAAUGGAUUCCAGAAGAACCAUAUGAACUUUCAGAUCAGUUUCCAGCAGCAUCUAUCUGCCGUCUACAGCAGCACCUGUCUGCAGGGGAGCACCAGCAGGACCUCUUCUUGGGUCAGCCUGCAAUGUUUGUCUCCCGAAACACCCAGCCCCCCACCCACAGCCUGGUGGAGCUCAUCCAGCUGUGUGGGGGCACAGUCUGCAAAACGGUCCGGCAGACAGGCCUCUGCAUAGGGGAGUACAACGGCAAGAGACCAGAAGGGAGCAGGAUUCUCUCCGAGCAGUGGGUGCUGGAUUGUAUCACACAUCUCAAGCAACUUCCAUAUGAGAAGUAUGACUUGGAAUGGAAGUCCCGGUAAUAUGAAGUUGGACUCAAACAUGGAGAACACACAUGGAAAUCGUUUUGGCUUUUUUUUCUCCCUUGAAUGUGAAUUGACUUUCUACUGUUAUUGCAUUCUAUUCAAUAAAACUUUUACCUUGUCAGAA